UGGAGCAGGACCUAGGAAAGUUUGGCACCCUGCAAGGGGAUGCCGGACAGCAGUGCGCGGGGCACCCCAGGGCUUUUUAGCCCUCCAAGCUCAGGGGCUCCCGCUGUCCAGACCUGAGGCGGUGUGCAGCUAUGGACCAAGAAGCUGCCUUCAAUCAUGGCACUGCCCAGCCUCAGGAUGAAGAACAGCCCGCGGAGUCUCCAGAGCCCCCGCAGCCGUGGCCGCCACCGCUGCCGCCGCCAAUGCCUAUUCCUCCGCCGCCGGCUCCUCCACAGCUCCAGGAGCCUUCGCCAGAACCUGAACCAGAGCACUGUCCAGAGCCUGCUCCAGGACCUUGUCCAGCAACAAACUCCGAACCAGCCACAGGAGUAGACACAGAACCGACUCCAAAACCAGCCGCAGAGCCAGCAACACAGCCGGUGCCAGGACCAGCUCCAGAGCCAGCCCUAGAGCCCGCCCCAGAGCCUGCCACAGAGCAGGUCCCAGAACCUGCUACACUGCUGGCUCCAGAGCCAGUCUCAGAAACUGCCCCAGAGUCCUGCCCUGAGCCGUCUCCAGAGCCCUAUCCAAAGCUGAGUCCUGCACCAUGUCUAUUGCAGUGUCCAGUGGUCCCUCAAGAGAGGGCUCUAAAGACCUCGCCAUUUCCCUCCCCCUCCCCCUCCCCCAGAAUACCCUUAAAAUGGCUACGCAUAGCAAAGAUACUGAAGGAAGGACCACUGCUGAAGAACUGUAGCUCCUUCAAGAGAUGGAAGCUUAGAUACUUUAUGGUUCAAGGGCAGCAACUCUACUUUGCACACCAUGCCUCGUUUGCCCACUUUGAAACAAUUGAUCUGUCUCAGGUCAUCUUGGCAGAAACCAGCUGUGCAAAUCUUUGCCACAGUUUUUGUCUUAUCACACCUCAACGAAAAGUCACCCUGGCUGCACCUAACAGGAAAGACAUGGAAGAAUGGAUUAACAUCAUAAAAACUGUCCAACAGGGAGAAAUUAAUAAGAUACCAGCGGCAGAAAACAACCCCUUCCUUGUUGGAAUGCACUAUUGGUAUUCCAGCCACAGUCUCCAUACUCAGCACUGCAAUAUUUGUCGAGAGAGCAUUCCUGCCUUAUCAAGAGAUGCCAUUAUCUGUGAAGUGUGUAAAGUGAGAUCUCACAAAUUAUGUGCUUUGAGGGCAAGCAAAGACUGCAAAUGGAAUACUUUGUCCAUCACUGAUGACCUUUUCCUGCCUGCAGAUGAAAUACAAACCAUGCCCCAUCAAUGGGUAGAGGGCAACAUGCCUGUAAGCUCUCAAUGUGCAGUAUGUCAUAAGAGCUGUGGCAGUUAUCAAAGACUUCAAGAUUUCCGCUGCCUGUGGUGUAAUUCUACGGUGCAUGGUGACUGCUGCAGACGGUUUUCCAAGGAAUGUGUCUUUGGAAGUUACCGUUCAUCAACCGUCCCUCCUACUGCUCUCAGCGACCCCAAAGGUGAUGGCCAAUUAGUAGUGUCGUCAGACUUCUGGAACUGCGACUGGUCAUCUGCCUGUUCAUGCCCCUUGCUCAUCUUCAUCAACUCCAAAAGUGGCGAUCAUCAAGGAAUCAUCUUCCUCCGAAAAUUCAAGCAAUACCUUAACCCAUCUCAAGUGUUUGACCUAUCGAAGGGUGGACCUGAAGCAGGGCUGUGCAUGUUCAAGAACUUUGCUCGCUUUCGUGUUCUGGUUUGUGGUGGAGAUGGCAGUGUGAGCUGGGUCCUGUCCCUGAUUGAUGCCUUUGGAUUACAGGAGAGGUGUCAGCUGGCAGUCAUCCCACUUGGAACUGGCAAUGAUCUGGCCCGUGUCCUGGGUUGGGGUGCAUCCUGGGAGAAAAACAAAUCACCGCUGGACAUCCUCAACAGAGUAGAGCAGGCGAGCAUGAAAAUUCUAGACAGAUGGAGUGUGAUGAUCCGUGAGACUCCAAAACAACCCCUGUUGCUAAAAGGACAGAUUGAAAUGGACAUACCGAAAUUUGAGACUGCUGCUAUCCAGCACUUAGAAUCUGCAACCACUGAGCUGAACAAAAUCCUGAAGGCCAAGUACCCCACAGAGAUGAUCAUUGCAACCAGAUUCCUGUGCUCAGAAGUAGAAGAUUUCAUGGUUGAUGUUGUGAAGGCCUGGACUCAUAUAAAACAGAACAAUACAGCGGUAGAGUCUGUAAUUUUGAAAAGUGAUUUAAUGUAUGAUAAGCUCAGUAUUGUGAUUGAUGUCCUGGCUGAGGAGACAGCAGCUACUUCAGUUGAGAAAAGUGCUACAGUACAUACAGACAGUGGCAAGGCAGAUGGAAAGCCCUUCAAAACUCAAAUAGACCAUGUAGCCAAGAGCAAAUUGGAGCUGGCCACAAAAGCCCAGAAUCUCCAGAAGUCCUUGAAACUCAUUAUAUUCCAGGUUAAACAAGUUCUGGAUGAGGAAAGCAGACAAACAAUAUCAGUUAAGAACUUUACAUCACCUUUCUUCCUGGGAGAUAAUGACUCAGAGGAUUCUAACCAGAUGAGUCCAAGACACCGUUCUCAUCGUGGCACUUUGUCUUCUAUAUCUUCUCUCAAAAGUGAAGACCUAGAUAACCUUAACUUGGAAUAUUUAUGUUUUACACCUGAAAUGAUGCGCUUCAAAGAAAAGUGUGUCAUGAACAACUACUUUGGAAUUGGAUUGGAUGCUAAAAUUUCUCUGGAGUUCAAUACCAGAAGAGAAGAACACCCCAAACAAUACAAUAGCCGCUUUAAGAAUAAGAUAUGGUAUGGCCUUCUGGGAACCAAGGAACUUUUGCAGCGCUCUUACAGGAAACUGGAAGAACGAGUACACCUGGAGUGUGAUGGAGAAGCCAUCUCCUUACCAAACCUGCAAGGCAUUGUUGUACUCAACAUUACCAGCUAUGCUGGAGGUGUCAACUUCUGGGGAAGCAACAUAGCAGCCACAGAAUAUGAGGCUCCUGCAAUAGAUGAUGGGAAAUUGGAAGUAGUAGCAAUCUUUGGCUCUGCGCAGAUGGCUAUGUCCCGUCUCAUCAACUUACAUCAUCAUCGCAUUGCCCAGUGCCGUGAAUUGAUGAUAACUAUUGAUGGUGAAGAAGGUAUCCCUGUUCAGGUGGAUGGGGAGGCCUGGAUUCAGAGGCCAGGUAUUAUCAAGAUUAGAUACAAAAAUGCUGCCCAGAUGCUGAUGAGAGAUCGGGACUUUGAGAACUCAAUGAAAAUGUGGGAGUGCAAACAUACUGAAAUUCAAGCUGUGCCUCAACCCCAGCUGGAUUCUCAAGAAUCUCAAGAUAGCCUCUCUGAUGAGGAGUGUGCCCAGAUGCAGCACUUAGCUCACCUCGCAGAAAACCUCAUUAGCAAACUUAAUGACCUCAGCAAGAUCCACCAGCACAUGUCUGUCCUCAUGGAUUCUGUGAAUGCUAGUGUUAACAUCCUGAACGAUAUAUUUUAUGGACAAGACAGUGGCAAUGUGGCAGGUGCAGCUUCCUGCAUUCCCACUGAGACUCUAAGCAGAAAUGAUGCAGUAAAUGUUACAUUUAGUCUUAAAGGGCUCUACGAUGACACCAAAGCUUUCCUGGAUGAAAACUUGUUGAGAGAUGCUGAGGAUGAAGCCACACUACAAACUGCUCUGGAUUAUCUGAACAAAGAGUUUGAAAAGCUAUCAGAGAUCAACUGGAUGAAAUCAAUCAUAUUUCCAGAGGAAAAAUCCUCAGAUGCUGACAGUAGAAGCCUCAGAUUGAAAUUUAAGUUCCGCAAAGUGGGAAAAAAGAAAUUACAAGAGGAAGACAAAGCUAAAUCAGGCCAAAGAUUCCACCGUUUUAUUGGUAAUUUGUGGCAUCAUAGGAGUCAUGAAGAUGAAGCAGAAAGUGAUGAUCCUCCAACACCAUCAAUAUCUCAACAGUAGCCCUUGAAAGCUGGAAGAACUCACAUUUUAGAAUUCUACUAAAAACUCUCAAAACCCUAAUACAGGUUGGCAUACACUAUUUCAGUACAAACAUGAGCACCACCAAGAAAGACCUUCCAAUUCUUUAUACUAGUCCAUUUUUCCUGAACUUAAUCAAGUUUUCUUAGAGGUUUACAUGUUUUCAUUGGCCAAAGAUACUUAUUUCAAGUUGUCUUUUUAAGUUCUCUUUCUCUUUGUGUAUCUUGAGCACCUACAGUAUCUACUUGGAUAAGCUCUUUGUAGAUCUAUAAAGGAUUUGAGGGAGUUCACUUCAUCAGGAAGUUUAGGAAUGGUUUUCUCUGACUGGCAGAGAAACUCUUGACACUAAAGAAUGAAUGAAUGACAGACCCUCAAGGAGAUGAAAAGAUGAAGCAGGACAGCCAGGCUCGAUUGUGUUUCUCCCCCAAUCCCUGCCAACUUCAAACUUCAAGAUAUUUCUUCUAGUUGGCUCAUUAUAAUGAGAACUAGGUCCUGGGGUCUUGUCCUGUUAAAUGACCUUCCCUUCCCUUCCCUUCCAUUCCAUUCCCUUCCAUUCCCUUCCCUCCCCUCCCCUCCCCUCUCCUCUCCUCUUCUCUUUUCUCUCCUAUUCUCUUCUCUUUUUUCUCUUCUCUCCUUCUCUUCUCCAUCCCUCUCUCUCUCUCUCUCUCUCUCUCUCUCUCUCUCUCUCUCUCUCUCUCUCUCUCUCCUUUGUGUUUUUCCAUGUGUUCAUGUAUAUCUUUGCACCCGUCCAGGUGGUGCUCUGGUGGCUGGGUGGGCCCACUGAUGGACCUCACUCUUCAUGGCAACCAUACAAGCUCCCCUCCUACUGCCUUGAUCCUAGCCUGCAUGACUCCAUGGACUGUUUGCCUGCAUUCUUGCUGGAUUUCUAAAAUAAAUGUUUUGCUUCUGUGCUGCAGUGUAGAUUAGGUAUAGUGACAUAAAUAUGUAUAUAGAUAUAUAGAUUUAUAUUUUUAGGAACUGAAAGUACAACUCAACCUCUAAGUAACCCUCUAAUUUAUUGUGCUAAUCCAGGAAUCUUUCCCUAUCCCCUACUACCUUACACAUACAUAUGCCUCUACCAACUGCCCUCAUUAUUGGUGGAGCUUCUAAUCUUUUGGUGCAUUUUUAGCGUCUUAGAAGUAGCUGGGAUCUACCUACAGCCAGCUGAUUCUGAUGCCUAUUUAAAAUUUUGACCCAGGCAACAGACAGGGGAACAAAAAUAUCAAUGCCCCAGAGAAGGGGCUAAGUUGGCAUGCCACCUUUUUAGGUCUAUUUUUCCUACCCUGUACAUCAGCAACUGCCGCAAACUGUGUUGCUCCUUCCCCAAGGAAAAGACGACACAGAGCAACCAGACCUUUAGCUCAGUGACAUAAAUACCAGAGCUGGAGACUGCCUGACAAUUGAGUCACAACUAGGCCCUUCUCUACAAGCUCUUUCUUGGCCUGAAUUUUCUGGACAAGCUGUUGAGUCAGCCCCCAAAUCACUUUCAAAUCUCCCAUCUUGCCCCCUUCCCUUGAGUACAAGAGGGGCAUUUAGAGUGAUCAGAAAAAAAAUGGGCCUGGGAAAAUGAAGGCUAAAAGGCUUUACUUCCCCAUGGUUCUUCUUCCAAAUUUCUAAUGAAAACAAACUAGGACUAGAUUAUUCCAAAUCCUAAUUCAUUAAAUGCCUAAUCCCAGUCAGUCAAAUUUAACCAAACCCCAGUGCCCAGAAAGGUUUUAUCUGCUUUGCCUCUCAUCUCUAUCCCACCCUUAAUUCAUACCUUUGGGUGUCUCUUCCCACUUAUCAAAAGAAAACCAGAGAACUGGCCUCAACCCAUUUCUUAGACAUAGUGUGCUCAAUUACUUGUUUUGGUCCAAUGGCUGGUACAUCAAGGUGCACAAUCCAGACUCUGAAGACUGGUUCUCAACUCUGGAAUUCCACCAGCCUAAUCCACUUAAACCAGCCACCUGUGUUCCACCUCUGCAGGGGUGAAGAGAAAAAUACUAACAAAGGGAUAGUCCCCAAAUGUCUGAUUGCUGUGCCAAACAAAUAGAAACAUCCUAACUCUACAACUAAAGAAGAAAGUCAAUGGAAAAAUACGACAGAAGACAUUUUAAACUUAUUUAACUAUCAGAAUGUUAACUUACUAUAUGUAUUUGAUUGGGGAGUGUGCUGUUGCCAUGUCUUUGGUUUUUCCUGCAUCACUCUUUCUUCCCAGAAAGAGAUAUUAGAUCAAAUUAGGAAGGUCACCGUUGCAGCUCAACUUGGCUCCUCCUUUGCUGCAUGAAUUAACACCUGCACACAUACUCACGAAGUUGGGAAUCAAUUUAUAUUUUUUCAGAAGAGGCUUCUCCAAAAGGGAACAUUUCCAAAUGAGAAAUAUUAAAGAAACAGAAGGAAGUCCUGAGAAAGGGUAGCUUUAUCUUGGUAAUGACUAAGCAUGGCUAUGUCUUAUAAUUUUUUAAACCACUGAUGAUAAUCAAUUAUAAUAAGACUCCUUUUCUUGUGCUUACUUUGCUGAAAUACUAUAUACAUUGUAAUGGUACUGUCGCUCUGUUGUGCCAUCUAGAUUCCCUUUCAUCUACCCUGUCUCCCACCCUGAGUCAGAAUGAUAUUGAAUGAAACUACUAGGAUUUGGGGCUACAGCCGAAUAUGGAAAAGAACUGAUAGAUGAUGGGGCCCAAGAGCAGGUGUGGCUUCCUAAAUCACUUGGUUACCCCCUAAAUAGCUUAGUUACCAGUUGCUUCCUGAAAAGAAAGACUGCUUUCUGGGCACCUGUUCUUGCAUGUACUCACUUGGAAACAAAGCAAGAAGUGAUCCUUAUCUCAAGGGAGUUGACUUAGUCCCUGGGAGCAUAAGCUUCCUUCAGGACUUCAUUGUUAACUACAUGUAGUAAUAUAAUUGCUCAGGUGUGGGACUGGACACCAAAUAUUCAUCUCAAACAUGUUCAGAAACCAUUAAUAGCUAAAGCUCUAGGGUUUGCUUGCAUCUUUGGUAGCACUUUCUGAAGAAGUGAUUGGAUGGGAAAUUCCUGGCAGAAGAGCAGCGGGGAAGGAAAAUACCAACAAAUUUGAGCUGCCACCAACUACUUCUGGUGCCAAUACAACAGGAGGUCAGCAGCUAUCUGAAAAAGACCCUUUAACUAAAAAGUUAAAGGUUGACCAAAAGAAACAGUUGGGUCAGCAUCAUCUUCCCUGAGAAAACAAGUAGAAUAAUUUUAGUUUCACAAGAGAUAUAAACUAAUACCAAAGCAACCAAACUCAUUUGCACCAUCUCAUCCUAUAAGGGAAUUUGAUUGACUAUAUAGUUUGUAGAAUUCCAUUUGUCUGUUUGUUUGCUAAUCUGUAAUCCAUUGUUGCUUUUCUGCUCUGUGAAUUCUGUUUUCUGAGGUCCCUGCAAAUAUGCAGCAGGGCCAAGGGCUGGUUGGGGGAGGAAGCUGGGGUAGUCAUGGAAUCAACAAGAAAAAACGAAAGAAAAGGUUCACAAAGUGUGCCUAUUCCUCUUCCUCCCCCAAAAUGGAACACCAGUCCUCAAAGUUAAUAAAGUGUUGCUUAUUGAAGUAUUUUAAUAAAUGG